CACCUUUGUUUAGCCUUGUCUUCUGUCCGAAGAGUCGGUCAAAUCUGUGGGAACAAUGCAUACGCUUGCAUGCAUCUUGGCCUGGCGCCAAGCCUGAUAUACUGCGCGCUGUAGCUUGCAUCACCAUGUAACGGGGUGCUCUAGAUCAUUUUGCGUGAUAGGAGGAAGAGGCGAAGGAGAGCCACAGCGGUUCGUGCUGCCGCAGUCAACAGAGAAGCAGGAUUUGACGGCCGUUUUCGAUACGCGAGGCCUCUGAUUGGUUGCACCUCAUGUUCUUGCGUUCCUUCAUCUUGCAACGACAUGGCAUCUUCCGAACGGGCCCCGUCAACUCGGAUUUGGCGGCGCCCGACUCUUCUCCUCGAGGUUCUUUAUAAACGAGAAAUGCCUGGAAUUUUUAACUGCGUGCUUGCCUGGUCUAUCCCCACUGCUACUCGCUACGUACUACCAUCAUGAUUUUCAAACUCCUUCCUCUUGCCGCGCUCGUUUCAGUUGCCCUCGCGCAUAUUGGACCAGAGACGCAGGUGUCGGAUGCACAACUCAUCGCGCGCGACCACCUUGCCAAACGAUGCGCAUCCGCCUCUGAAGCUAUGUUCACGAAACGUAAAGCCGCUAAACGUGCUACCGAGCUCGCGAAGCGUUGGACGCCUCAUAACGACACCAUCCAAAACACGACUUGUAUCUUGGACCAAGAUGUCACACCUGGUCCUUACCAGCUUGACGGAGACUUGAUCAGACAAAAUAUCACAGACGGCGAAGUCGGUAUUCCCAUGAUCCUCGAGAUUGGUGUUCUCGACGUGCUCAGCUGCGAGCCCCUUGCGAAUGCCUACGUCGACAUCUGGCACUGCAACUCUACCGGGUACUAUUCCAAGUUCACCGGCGUCGACCCCAACGAGGACCACUUCUGCGCUACCUGUGACACUAAUACAUCGCAGUCAGACAACUUGACGUUUUUGAGAGGAAUUUACCCCACAGAUGAGAACGGCGUGGUCGAGUUUGCCUCCGUGAUCCCCGGAUACUACUAUGGUCGCGCCACCCAUAUCCACGCCCAGGUCUAUAAGGAUGUCACCGUUGCACAAAACGGCAGCGUCAUGGUCAACGAUACUCUUUUCCACACUUCUCAGUUCUACUUCACCGACGAGUUCAACGCCGAAACCGACCAAAUCUACCCCUACUCCCUGCAUUCCGCCCUCCUCAACCGCACGCUCGACGUCGACGACACCGUCAUCGCCGCCGGGAACACGACGUACGUCUCGCAGUACCUUGACGUGACGUACAUGGGCGAUACGCUUGAGGAUGGGAUUUAUGCGUAUAUCACCGUUGGGGUGGACUCGUCUGCGUCGGGGAAUAACUGUACUUUCGAGUGUUGAUUGGGGUACUUGACAUGGGGGCCGUUGACGGCCGGAGAUUGUGGGAAUAUUUACUACUUUGUUUGUUUCAUAAUGAGAAAAUGUCAUGUCCUU